AUGUUCUCGCUCUUCUCCCGCAAGAAGAAGCCUGAAAGGCCCCUGAAUGCUUCCAAAUCAUCAUCCCUCAAGAAUAAGGACGUUGCCACCCGCAAAAGACCCUCCAGACAAUUGGCUCCCGCUACCAAAUCUUCCGGGAAUACCGCUUCGGCUCCGGUGCCUGUUUCCACAGCUCCAAAGCCCAACUACGCAAACUUCAUCAACCAGUUUGAGGACCUGACCUCUUUAUCGCUGUCUGUUAGCUUAUCGGGGCCCAUGGCUAGCGCUUUGGACUCUGGAUCCUUACAAACGAGCUCCGAAGCCAACCUGCGGUCUAAUCUGGGCUCCAACCUCGUCGUACUGGGCCCCAGACCGCCACGUCUCAACACCAACCAACCUGUUAUCUCCGCUCCAUCGUCGCCGGUGAGCAGACGGUCCACAGAUCGUCAUGUACCAUCUUAUGUUCGUCAUUCUCGAGUGCUCUCAGGCGCCAGUGCUAACUUGGGAGCCUUGGACUCGAUGUUUCUGAGGGCAGGCACUUUGCGCCAGCGGCUGAAAACCAUCCAGACCGAUUUGCCUCCUGAGUUGCUGCCGGUCAUCAACUUGCUAAAUGCACAACGUGUUCGUCAGUAUGCGGAAGGGCCACUUUUAGUGUUGGCUCCCAACAACUUCGACUGGAUCCCAUGCGAUGCUGUGCUCACGGGUACAGAAUUGUGUAUCUGGCUCGAGGGAAGCUCCAAUGCCCGCUACUUGAACGUACAAGACUGCUCCAUCGUGCCUCUGAGGGCUUCUGUACCUGGCGACGACAUGCUCUACGAUUUGGUGGUACUCCAGGACUUCGACACAAAGAUCACCACUUUCCGGUUCCCAAACUCGACCGCCAUGACCUCAUGGCUCAGUGGCUUGCAGUUGGCCAAGUUUGAGAACACCUCGCUCAACGAGGCCUUCACUGCUGUUAUGCUCUCGCUAAAGGGCCCAGAGUUGCUGGAUAUCUACACGUUGUUAGCCCACAAGAAGCGUUUCCCUCGUUUUGAAUGGUGCAACUUGCGCUUGCCACAGGUGCUGAACAAGUGGGUCCGUGUGUACAUGGCCAUCAUCCCUGGCGAUGGCAAGAAGAAGGGCCGUGUUGAGGUGUACACCCUGGACAAGAUCAACAAGAAAUCUUUAGUGUUGUAUGUGAACGACGCUGACGCUGUCUACAACGUGUAUCCGGAAGAUUACAACAUGAUUAACUUUAACCUGAUCAUGAAGUUGGAAGGUGAGGUGUUUGUUUCUAAGCUGUUCCAGCAUCUCUUCUCUUACGAGUCAUUCCAACCUCCAGGAACACCUACUAUGGCCCUGAAGAUGUUUUCUCGUUCCACCAGUCAGACGUCGAUGAGUUCGCUCAAUCCUCCUCCAGCCAUUGGUUUAGGCAGUUCACCAGCCAACGGCUCUGGUGCCAGAUCCAGAAGUACGUCUGUCAACUCAACAUCGUCAUUUUUUGUCAAUGCUCCUCUGCCAGAUCCAGAAGGAAAUGUCCAGUCGAUGCCAGGCUCUCCUACAAGAUCAGGAACUCACUUCUUCAAGAAGCAGACUGCCAACAAUUUUGUUUCCACCAAUUACUUGUAUGUGAUGCCUUUGACCCAUCCUGGAGUCUCAGCCCUUGAGAUUAUGAUCAGAAACUUUGUGCACAUUAUAGACGCAUUCAAGCUAUACGGCCGGCCCGAGCACCUCAACAGCGACAAGCUUCUGCCUGUGUCAAUGCUCUUUGGGUUGCCAUCUUUACCUCACUGCUUCUACUUAUCAGACGAGGAUGCAUACGAAGUCGUGGCUGCCAAUUUCGACACCGCUCGUCUUCAAAACUGGACCGAACUUCAGUGGAGAAACUGCUUGAAGGAGUAUUUGCUGUGCAAACAGAGAGACGGCGAUUACAAAGGAGAGGGCAACAUCGUGGAGCUCUUCGAUUCAGUGGAGGCAGAGGGUGCGGAUUCCUUGGAUGGCAUGGGCUCGCCCAAGAUCACACUUCCUCAGUAUGGAUCUCGGGUAACGUCGCCUAUGCCGCCAGCAGUACCUUCCAAGCUUCGACAGUCCGCCAGUGAACAGAAUGGUUUUGACCCUUUUUCUGACAGCGACACCAAUAUUGCCCUUCGAGACCAGGUGUAUUUGGGACGGCCCAUUGAGUUUGAGAGUAGUUCGUACUCGCCACGGCCGAGCCGUGGGAACAUACCCAACCAUGAGUUGACAAACGACGAGGUGAUCCGGUCGUUGGAGCCAAUUGUUGAUUUGCCUACGCCUUUGGAUGAUAAUGUGGCCAAGCAUUACUUCGCCAUUAAUGAUGAUAAGGCAGUUCGUGUUGGUCCAUAA